AUGUCAUCAAUAUUAAAUUUCAAAAUAAUCCAUCUCAUCCUUUUAAUCCUAUUAACUUUUCACCCAUUAGUGAGCAAUUCUCAAGGAGUAAAAGCGCCACCAUGUCUCCCACUUACUAAUACAGUCACUUGUAGCGCUUUCUCACAAUAUUCUAUAUCUUCGGCUUCUUCAUUAACAUCUCCGCUCUCUCAAGAUUCAAAGGGGGCUAUUUUCGACACAACUUUUAACUGGCUACUAGAAGCAGAGAAUAUAACUAGAUUUGAUGAAUUACUUCUAAAUUAUGUAAAUACUCAAUAUAUUAAGUGGAGAUAUAAAGAAGAUACAAACUUUUCUUCGGAUGUGAAAGAGUGUUCUGAAGUAACACCGAGUAUAUCGAGUAUUACUACUUAUGCAAGGUAUACCCUGACAACUAUUUGUGCAUACCUUGUUCAACAACCACAAAGUAGGUUAUGUAACGCAAAUGAUACUUUGCAAAAUGAAAGGAUAUUAUGUAAACAAACUUGUCUGGAUCAUUAUGAUUCUUUACAAGACAUUGCUCACAGUCCUAAUGUUUGCAUUAAUGGAACAACUAGUGACAUUGAUAAGAGGUUUGAAAAUUUGAAUAAAUGGUGUACAUUUAAUACUGAUAACGAAACUACUACAAAUUGUGUUUCCGGAGAAGAAAAUGAACCUAAUAAUUGUGGUUUCAAAGAUGAUACGAGGGGAUUGUGCUCGUAUUGCAAAGACAGAGAUACAAACUCAUGUUGUAGUAAUAUACAACAAUGUCCUUAUAACUUACCUUCAGUAAGCGAUUCUUCACCGAUAAUUCCAAUAUCACCAAAUUCAUCCGAUAUUAGUGCUUCAGGCAUGGCAACCUCAUUGAACGGUAAAUCAAGUAGAUUAGCACUGAUAUUGGGUACAUUAGCGGGAGGUUGUCUCAUAUUGGGAUUAAUAGUGUUUUGUUGUGUAAAAAAACGACGAGGGACAUCAGAUCGAAGAAGGGUUAGUUUUUUUGCAACACCAUAUUUCUAUUUUAGACCUCCAAAUGUCGUUGGGGAUGGGAAUGAUGGGGCGGAAAUGAUUGGAAGAUAUUCAAAUAGUAUUGCAACUCCAAAUACUCCGUCAAAUGCGGGAACUGGAAGUUUCUUAUCCAACAUCAGUACCGAAGGUGUCGCUUUAGCUACGAGCGGGGCUGCCAUAGGAGCUAAUAACAAUUCUCAUUACAAUGGUAUAUAUAAUAUUAAUGCAGGAAGCGAUAGUUUGAGACGGGGAGGAAGUAAUUUAAAUGUAAAUAAUAGUAGUAAUCCGAAUGUAAAUUUAAAAAUAUCCACACAAUCGUCUCCUAUAACGGGAACAACAAAUUCAUCAUCAACAUCAGUUCAACUUGUUCCCCCUCCGCCUCACUCGGAUUCGAUCGAUUUGGGAAGUGGAGGAGAAAGUGAAGAAGAAGCGAAUAUAGUAGUGGUGGUGUUUCCUUAUUCAGCACAAUUACCUGAUGAGUUGGAAUUAUCUUUAAAUGAUAUAAUAGAAGUUAAACAAAAAUUCGAUGAUGGAUGGGCUGUUGGGAUAAAUAGGAAUACCGAUAAAGAGGGCGCUUUUCCUAACGUUUGUGUUGUAGGAUUUGAAAAUGUUGGAGAAAGUGAAAGUGGAAGUUGUAGUAUAAGUAUAGUUUUACCAGAAGGUUCAACUUCAGAUGACAUUGGAGAUGGUGUAGGAAGCAGCGUAGGAGGAUUAACAAGUUCGACACCAAGCCAAUUAUCGGAUGGAAGAUCAAGAAUUAGUAAUAGUAUUGAGAAUUUACCCAGAAGACAUUCUAGUAUGAGAAGAACAAGGAGAGAAGGAUUUGAUGGUGCAAGAGAUAGUUACGUAAGUUCAUCUAGUCCUAAUACCGACAAACAAUUAACUUAG